GAGUACACCCUCCGGAGCAUAGAUUACAAUCACCAAGCCAUGGCCCCGCCCCGGGCGGGUGCAGGAACAGACAGGAAACCAAAGGGAAGAACCACUUUGCUGCUCGGUGCGUUGAAGAGAGGCACAUUACUGAUUUCUCACAGGGGAUCAACAUUUCAACGGCAAAAGACUGAAAACGUGACUGACAUGAGGAUUAUUGGAUGUUCAGGACAGCUUUGGAUACCAAUACAGUCACUUUGAGGAGUUGCCGUAUACUUUCCAGUAUUUCAACCACAGUCUUCAACACCCUCGCUAAAUGAAAUGCUCACUUUACCUUUCAUUGGUUGGAUUAACAAGCUGCACCUGGAUUUUUUUAUGACUGGACACAGGUAAACGGGGGAGGGGAACCUAUUUACUCAGCACACCUUGCAGACUUAGCAACCCGAUUUAAAAAUGUCCAGCAUGACCCAGUUCAACUUCACUCCGAAUUCUUGCAACAAGAGUGAUGACUUCAAGUACGACCUGUACAGCUCGGUAUUCAGCCUGGUGUUUAUAAUUGGACUCUUCUUCAACAUGGUGGCCGUGUACAUAUUCGGCUGCACACUGAAGCUGCGGAACGAGACCACAACCUACAUGAUCAACCUCGUAGUUUCAGACUGCCUCUUUGUCCUGAGCCUGCCUUUUCGCAUUGCUUACUUCAUUAAGCGGGACUGGGUGUUUGGAAGCGUGCUCUGCAAGGUCUCCGUGGCCCUGUUCUACACCAACAUGUACGGCAGCAUCCUCUUUCUCACGUGCAUCAGUGUGGACCGGUUCCUGGCCAUCGUGCACCCGUUCCGGUCCCAAGCAAUACGUACCAAGAGGAAUGCCAAGCUGGCCUGCUGUACAGUUUGGGUGAUGGUUCUCUCCGGAAGUAUACCCACCGGGUACCUUUUGGAAACCACUUCGCCAAAAAACGCCAACUCCUCUUCAAACUUCUGCUUUGAAAACUACUCCAAAAAGCAGUGGAGGGCUGAGCUGUCCAAAGUGGUGAUUUUUAUCGAGACCGUGGGCUUCAUCAUCCCGCUGUUGGUCAACGUGUACUGCUCGAUCAUGGUGCUGUGGACGCUGAGUAAACCCCACGCCAUCAGUCGUGGGGGGCACCUCAACAAGAGAAAGAUCUUGAGGAUGAUCAUCGUGCAUCUGCUCAUCUUCUGCUUCUGUUUCAUUCCCUACAACCUUAAUCUCAUCUUCUACGCCUUGGUGCGAACCAAGGUGCUUAAGGGGUGCGCCGCGGAAAACGUGGUCCGGACCAUCUACCCCAUUGCGCUGUGCCUGGCGGUGACCAACUGCUGUUUCGAUCCGGUCAUUUACUAUUUCACUUCAGAGACCAUUCAGAGCUCCAUCAAACGCAAGUCCACUGCGUGGCACAACGGUGCCAGGCUAUUUGACCGGCUGACUAUGGACAGCACACCAAACAGUCCAAGUACAACACAUAAACAACUGACAAUUAUGAGAACGAAAGUCUUUGACCACGAGUCUGCGAUCUAAGCCGCAGCUGUGGUUAUGGGACAUGAUUAAUGAUGGCAUCAUUGUGGGUGAAAUCGGAGCACGUAGGUGGAGGCAGAAAGGCUCGAAGAUCAUAACACACCAACACCAUGGUUACUAAUGAGUCACUCUCACUAACAAAGGCUUCAGAGCUAAGACUUUCAUCUCUCCUCAGUCCACAGAAGAGUGGAAAACUGCAAAGAGGAAAUACGAAAUUGUGUUGCCAGCUAAAGACUCUUUAUCACGGUGCCAAACCAACAGUUCCUGUUGUGUAUUGUUGCCGAUGUUUGAUGGCGAAGCCAUGGUCGUGUGAAUGCUGCUGCAAGUAAUCAUCAGCCUCUGUAAGACAUACAGAAUGUAAUUUUCGUCUUAAGUAUUAUAAAAUUGUUAUUUGUACUGUACUGUGCUAGUGGCCUAAAUACGGCCCUUCAUAGACCAGGAUGCUCCAUCACAGCUUUACUUUUAUACAGCAAAUAAAAGUUGUUAACGUAAAAAGGUUUUUUGAGUUUGACAUUCCCUACUGAAAUAUUUGACAUUAGCAGGUUGACUGUUCAUUUGCAUUUACCACGACAUUAGUGAUCUCGACUGCUACGGGUACUGGGGUUGCUCGGUGUCAUUAAUGCACAAUAAGUCAACGCAGAUUACAGUGGUGGUGAGCAUACAGUGCAGCAACACUGCUAAUGAAGGACCUUAUCUAAGUAAGUGGUCGUUUCUGUGAAAAAUAGUGGGAUGUUAAAGAAAGAAAAGUUGUAUUUUGUUUGUUCUUGCAAAAGCUGCUUGAUGCAAGACCGAGCAUCACUG